AUGUCGACGCAGCAAAUACCACCAAGAAGACCGCUGCCAAGUGCACAAAGGCUCGCCGAAAUACAUCGAAGAAAGAACAGGAGCCUGUUGAUGUAUUCGUCUGCGGUCAUAGUAGUCGCACUGGGUGUGACAUAUGCCUCCGUUCCUCUGUAUAGGAUGUUCUGCGCUGCUACAGGUUUUGCCGGGACUCCCAAUGUCAGCGGACGCUUUGGGCCAGAAAGACUCGUUCCCGUAGAGGAUUCACCGCGAAUCAAGGUUCAUUUCAAUGCAGACAGGUCCGAGCAGCUACCUUGGACGUUCAAGCCACUACAAACAGUCGUGAAUGUCCUUCCGGGCGAAUCCAGCUUGGCCUUCUAUGUAGCCAAGAACAAUUCGGUCGAAGAUAUCAUUGGCAUUGCGACGUAUAAUGUUACUCCGGAUCGAGUUGCCCCGUAUUUCUCCAAAGUUGAAUGCUUCUGUUUCGAGGAGCAGCGCCUAUUAGCUGGGGAGGAGGUUGAUAUGCCUAUUCUUUUCUUCAUUGACAGGGAUAUCCUUGACGAUCCUUCGUGUCGAGAUGUCCGAGAUGUUGUCCUAUCAUAUACUUUCUUCAGGGCGAGAAGGAACAAAUUUGGACAUUUAGAACCUGAUGCUCAGGAAGAUGUUCUUCAAAAGUCUCUGGGAUUUAGUGAAUAUGAGCAUGCGCCAAAGGCUGAAGCUCGCAAGUGA